GCUCUCUCAGUCUCUGUCUCUCUCAAUAACUCUGAUCUGAUCUGAGUUUCAAUUCAGAAACAAUAUUUUCUCUGCUCUACUUCAUAAAUUUUUCAACAACUCAGAUCUCUCAUCUCUCCCAACUUUCAUUUCAUCUCUGAUCUGCUCGCUCAGUAACUCUCGUCUCAUCUGAGUUUCAAUUCAGAAUCACCGGACCUGAUCAGAUUAGUUGAAGUUGGCAUAUACUUAAUUUUCUCUGCUCUGCUCUAAGCUACUCCAUAAAUUCAACAACUAACUCCAUCUCCACCCUCAUUAACCUAAGAAACACUUUAGAGAAGUUCAAUGGCUUUUGAUGCUGUAACCACUCUAAUCCAAGUAGUAGAGGCUGCAGAGCAAGACAUUAUGGAGCCCAAACUACUUUCAAUUUUGUGUCCUGGAGGAUUAAUGAUGGUGCCACUGCUUGAAACGAUUGAGUUGCUGUCUUACAAUCUCCAUUUUCUGCAAGCUUUUCUGGUGGAAUGUAAGGCGAAAAUGAAUGACAGGGACAACAGGGCUCGGAGACUGUAUACAGAUGUCCAAGAUGAAGUUGCUAGAAUAUAUUACAAGUACGAAAUAAACUCUUCACGGAUACUAUUAUAUUCGGGUGAGUACGGGGGAAUGAAUGCUGCACUUAAGCCUUGUGAAGAUAUUCAUUAUCUCUUGAAAAUUAUAGUAAGAGAUAUUGAGGAAGUUAAAGACCGGAUCCUGGAGGAAAAAAAAAGAGCUGCUUUAAAGGCUGAGGUACAGAACAUAACAAUUUGGGAUACCUACCAAAGUGCUUUAGUGAUUGAGAAUGAAGUGAUUGUAGGAUUUGACAGUGAUAUUGAGAAGAUAGUUAACCGGCUCUGUUAUUCAUACAUGAUGAGAUCAGUUUUCACCAUUAUGAGCAAUAGUAACAUUGACAAAUUUCAAAGAUAUGUUAAAAACCUAGUGCUGAAACUACAAGUUAUCCCACUCGUCGGGGAAGGAGGCAUUGGAAAAACUACAUUAGCCAAAAGAGUCUAUGGACAUCCAAUUACUAUUGCUAGCUUUCACAUUCGAGCAUGGGUAGUUGUGUCUAAAGUUCAUAACCUCAAAGAGAUGCUCAUUGGUCUAUUACGUUGUAUUUCACCAAUCACUAGUGAAAUCUACAACAUAGACGAGGCUCAGAUAGCUGAAAAAUUAAACACAAGUUUGAUGGGCCAGAAGUAUUUAAUUUUCUUGGAUGAUAUAUGGACCACUGCUGCAUGGGAUGCCAUCCAAGGAUAUUUUCCAGAGAAUUUUAAUGGAAGCCGAAUCUUAGUAACUACUCGGUUCAAAGAGGUGGCUGAAUACUUAAGUACGAAUCCCUACCAAGUGAAGUAUCAAACUUUUUCGGAUCGUUGGGAAUUAUUUUCAAGGAAAGUGUUUGGGCAAAGCCAAUAUGUUCCCCGUGAAUAUGAGCCAAUUGGAGAACGCAUUGUUCUUGGUUGUGGUGGAUUACCCCUAGUAGUUGUUUUAAUUUCCGGACUUUUGGCGACAGCAAAAGGGUCUAUAGAAAUAUGGAGAGAUGUUGCCCGAACUUUGGAUGGAGUUGGUAGAUAUGAUAAUAACAAAAGAAUUUCAAAAAUAGUUUCAUUAAGCUACAAGUACUUACCUAAUCAUUUGAAGGCUUGCUUUAAGUAUUUUGGUGUGUUUCCAGAAGACAGUGACAUUCCUGUUAAGAAAUUAAUCAACUUAUGGGUUGCAGAGGGAUUUAUAAAGCCACAUAACAAUAUGAGUUUGGAAGAAGUGGGAGAGAGUUACUUGCAUGAUCUCAUUAAUAGAAAUCUAGUUCAAAUUAAUGAGCUAAGUAUUGAUGGCAAAGUUAAAUUAUGUAACAUUCAUGAUCGAGUGCACGAGGUUUGUGUGAGAGAAGCAAUUAAUGGGAAUACAUUGUGCAUUAUCAAUGACAACCAUGCUCCAAAGGCUAGUCAUUGGUUAAGCUGUCAAACAAGUCAUUGGCCAAUCACUCGAGCCAGUUAUGGGAAUUGCAGUCCUGAUGAAAUCCAUUCUGUUCUCUGCUUUGGUAGAGAUGUAUACCAUUCAAAAUGCAGGUUGGUAUACCCAUGUUUGAAAUUGCUAAGAGUACUGGAUUUAUCAUUAGUUAAAUGGUCACAAGGCAUGCCUCGUGAAAUAACAGACUUGGUUCAUUUGAGAUACUUGGCUUUAAGUACCAUUGGUUCUCUUUACAAGCUUCGAUUUUUCAAUCUUAAAAAUUUGCGAACUCUCAUAGUUACUUCAUGGAUCGAAAAAUAUCCUUUGCAACUGCCAUGUGAUAUUUUGGAUUUGCCACAGUUGAGGUAUUUGCAUGUUGACAAGAAAUGUUCACAAUAUCUCCCUUGCUUAGUGAAAAAAGAUCUUCAAACUCUUUAUUGGUUGAAAGUUGCUAGCGCCGACAAAGAACCAGACUUCAGAAUGGUUCCAAACCUAAAGGAACUUGGGAUUUACAUUGAAGGCCAAUUGGCACCUAGCUAUCUAGGGAGCCUUGUGUAUUUACAUAUACUUGAGAAGUUGAAGUUUGAAGUAGGAAGAGUCGAGCGCUUUUAUCUUCCAAUUGGUUUUCCACCAAACCUUAAGAAGUUGACAUUUUGCUAUACUUAUCUUCCAUGGAAAGAGAUGGACACAAUUGGCAAGUUGCCACACCUUCAGGUGCUUAAACUAAAAGAUUUCGCCUUUUGUGGCUCAACGUGGGAACCAUUGAAGCAUGGCUUUCGGGAAUUAAAGGCACUUCUCAUUUCACGUUCAAAUCUCAAACAUUGGAAUGCAAGUUCUAAUGAUUUCCCAGUUUUGGAGCGCCUAGUCUUAAGAUAUUGUUGGGAAUUGAAACAAGUUCCACUGAAGUUUGCAAAAAUUGGAACACUGAAGUUAAUUGUGUUAGAAUGUUGUUAUUCUUCUCUUGUGACUUCUGCAAACAAGUUACUGUUCGAGGGAAUGGAUGAUUGUCCACUUCGUGUUUGUAAAGUUGGAACUAAGGUUGAAUUGCCAAAUAAUCAAAGCUCUAAAGAAGAAUGUGUGAAAAGCUCUAAGGUUGAAUUGCCAAAUAAUGAAAGCUUUGAAGAAGAAAAGGUGGAAAGCUCUAAAGAAGAAUGUGUGGAAAGCUCUAAGGUUGAAUUGCGAAAUAAUGAAAGCUUUGAAGAAGAAAGUGUGGAAAGCUCUAAAGAAGAAUGUGUCAAAAGCUUUAUGGUUGAAUUGCCAAAUUAUGAAUGCUUUGAAAGAGAAAGUGAUGAAAGCUCUGAAGAAGAAAGUGAUUACAGCUCCGAAGAAGAAUGUGUUGGAAGAUCUAAGGUUGAAAGCUCUGAAGAAGAUAGUAUGAAAAGCUCUAAAGAAGAAAGUGUGAAAAGUUGUAAGCAACCAAGUAUGGAAAGCUCUAAAGAAGAAAGAUCGAAAAGCUCUAAAGAAGAAAGUGUGGGAAGGUCUAAAGAACUAAAGUGUUGUUUGGUUGGGGACUUUUGCACCCUACUAUGGGUUUUGAUACUCAUUACCAUGUGUGUUGGUCUACUUUUGUUAAUUUUGGGCUUAAUUUGAAGUUAUGAAAGCCAAGGUUCUCUGAUCUGUUGCUUUCAUGAGUUCAUUGCUGAGCCAGUCCAAUCCAGCAGAUUGAAGAAAGAUGUUCAUCAUCUCGCUUUCGGGAGUAAAUCUUGAAUUUUCAUCUCAUCUGAGUCAUGAAGAAGAAAUUAAAGGCCAAAAGCUUCAAGGAAGAAAGUGAUGAAUGCUUUGAAGAAGCAAGUAAUGAAAUCUUUGAGAAGAGAAGAAUUAAAGAAAGCCAAGGUUCAGCAAUUAUCUGCAGGAGAAUAGAAAUCGCCUUAGGAAACGUGUGCUUCCAUGUAUUCACUUGAUUGCUCUACACAUUGUUGUGCAGGCGAACAUUCACCUCGUUAUUGUUUGUAUCUCCCAGAAACUCUGUUACCAUAGGUAUCUCUUCCCACUCCUCUUUUCGUAGUCCCCUCAAAUGCUGAGCACAAGACAUUUUGUCGGGAUGGUGAGUCGAACAUAAGGAAUGACUAAAUAACAGUCAGCAGAUGAAAUCUUGUCGGAGUUUAAUUACCUGACGAAAAUUGGAAAGAAUUUUCUUCCCGUCGUCACUAAGAGGCUGCAGCAACUGCUCGAAAUGAUGAUGACUGAUGCGGAUGACCUGAGAAAGCCUCUUGCUUCGCACUGUGAAUGGCUGCGGGAUAUUAAAUAUCACUCCCAGUUCCCCAGCCAUUUCUGGAGGUCCCAGUUUCGACAGGAACUGUUUACAUCAGUUUGUAUAUUUGUAAAAGGUUGUAAGGAUACUAUGUUGCAGAAGUAGAAGGGAACGAGGAGAGAAGAAACAAUACAAACCACUGCACCAGAUACAAUGACAUAGAAAUCCGUUGGUAUUUCGUUUUGGAUAAUGAUAUCAACUUUGGGUGGAAAGUAUUCCGCUUUUAGUUCAGAUACCUGUGUAACAACCAUAAAAACACCUAUGUUGUUACCAUAAUUUUGCAGAUCAAGAUUUGGAACAAGGAUGAAGUCCAUGAAUGCUAGUCUGAUGAAGAUGGUAAAAAAACUAAACAUGUUACCAACUGAAGAAUGAAGUCCUUAGAUACACCCUUGAAGAGUGUCAUAUGGGCCAGCAUUUGUUCUUUCAGCCCUUCUGGGAGUCGAUUCUUGCUCGCGUAUCGCAGUAUAUUGUUGAUGGCAUCUCUCUGCACAAAAAACAACCAACUAUUAGAGCAAGAUUCCACCAUCCUGUCCGCACGGGUAGCUCAGUUGGUUCUUAGGUGGUAGAUUGUAGACAUAACCAAUUAUUAGAGCAACACUCCACCAUCAUAUAUGUCCUCACGGGUAGCUCAGUUGGUUCUUAGGUGUUAGAUUGUAGACAAGGAAGUGGCUCCUUGCGGACACUAAACCUGGGCCCUCCCACAUAGGAUUGAGCCCUAGCAGUUGCAAGUGGGGCCGUGGGGGAGUUUCACCCUCUUGUAGAGUGGCUCCGUUUGGACACCAGGCAUUGGUCCUUCCACCUAAUAGAUUGCUGAGUCACGAUUGUUGAAUCACUUUGAUUUACACAUCCACACUCCUGUGCUGGGGUGUGGGAACCUAUGGGGCGAGAGUUUUUGUCUUUUAUGGGCAAGGGCAAGACUCCACCCACCAUCAUGCAGGAAUGGGCUAGUAACAUGUUUGCAACCGUCAUUAUUAUGUGGACUAUGGUAUUAAAAAUGUACAUUCGGUAUAAAAAUAAUGUACUUUUAGUAUAUUAAAAAUGUACAUUGUAUUCAAGGGAUAUACAUCAUUUAUGUACUGAUAUAAUGUACAUUCAGUAUACAAAUAAUGUAUAUUUGGUAUAUUAAAAAUGUACUUUUUGUUAUGGUC